CACGGGUUGACCAGCAUUAAAGCCCUGUAUUCAAAUCAAGACCUCUUGCCUCAUGCCUGUCACUGGAGGAGCUACAGUGAGAACUCAACUGCUCUGCAUGAGUAGACGAGGAAGACUACCAAAGAGCCGUGAUCCAUGGACAAGAAGGGACAUCUCUACAUCCAAGAGUGUGCAUCUGCCCCUGACAUUUACACAGCCGCAGCAUCCACAGAAGAAUCCAGGCGCCUUACCAUGAAUCCAGCUGAUGCAAAGAAGCUUAAACUAUUUCCCACAAGAGACUGACACAUUUUUGCCUUCAUAUCCAUACGGAAGACCCACGCCCUCCUCCACUACCUCCUCAACAAGGACGACUCCAAAGGGCAAGGGGUGAUGUCAAGGGGUGAUGUCAAGCCAAAGCUGGAUGAGUUAGAGGGGAGGGGAGCCUCAGGGGUCACAACCUCUGAACCCAACCCCAUGGUGGGGAAGGUCAAGACUGAACCACCUGAUGAGUUGGAAACCCUGGAGACAAUUCUUGGAGGCUGCAGGAACUCCAGCUCCAGGUUUUAUCCCAAACCAGACUCCAGAGCAGGAAAAUAAGUGGGAAACCAGCAGGGAAAUGGCCCAGAAAGUUUGCAUGAUGGGGAGAGAGGAGCCAUGAUGUCUGCCCAGCGUGGGCCCCUCCAGAGGGCUCUGUCAGUGGAAGCUCGGCCCCUGGGUGGUGGUGGAGGCCUGGCAGGGAGGAGGAACGUCCCCUGCCCCACCCUCAUCAAACUGGAGAACAUGGAGGCCCCCAUUCGGCCAGGCAUGACCAUCGGUUUUCCAGGACCUGGAGGCAUGGGUGUGUGUCCACCACGGGCCGGUGCCGCCACAAGAGGUAUGAACAGGGCUAUGGGGAUGCCACAGCGGCCCUCCAUGGCAGGGCAAGGUGACUGGGGGAUGACCAGGUCCAGUGGCCGUCCUGUGGGGGCACCAGGACACCCCUCGAUUGGCCGGCCAGGGAUGGACUUCAACUCCAAGGGCAUGAUGGGAGGCCCCUUGGUCAACCGGUCCAAUAGUUUACCUGGCAACACCAGGUCUAUGCUGCAGCAGCAACUCAUGGAAAUUGGUUCCAGUGAGGUGAAUAUGGGGAUGAGUCCCUUCAGUGGGCAGGGUCCUCCACCUCAGUCCCCCUCCUGGCCUGACAGUGCCAUGGGAAUGGACAGACCACCCACUAACACAAAUAGGCGUCAGUUUGGGAACCCCCUGGAUGAGCUCCUGGUUCCGCCCUCCACCAGCCAGGGGCAGAAUGAUGAGCUGGCGCUGCUGGACCAGCUGGACUCUCUGCUCAACAACACUGAUGUUAUUGCCCUGGAGGAGAUUGACCGGGCCCUGGGCAUCCCCGACCUCGUAGGACAGACUCAUGGUCCAGAGCAGCAGCCAGGUCCGGGGCAGAGGCCCCCAUCAGAGCCUUUCCCUGGCCCAGGACCGGACACCUCCAUGGGGAUAGAGCAGAAGCCCAUGUAUGGCCAGGGGUACCCAGGACCCCCCUCCAUGGGCAUGCAGUCAGUCUAUGGGGGUAACCCCAUGCAGGGCCAGUCCCCUGCUGGUUUCAACCCCGUGAUGAACCAGAUGGCGGGCCAGGCAGGCUCAGGGGGCUUCCCUGGCAUGGGGGGGAUGGGUCACCCCCGCGCCAACAUGAGACCCCGCAUGAUGAGCGCCAUCAAGCCCCUUAGAGAGCAGCUGGUGCAGAGGUUACAGGGCCAGCAGUUCAUGAACCAGACCCGUCAGGGCAUGGGCAUCAAGAUGGAGAAUACCCCUACAGGAAACCCUGCGAUGCGGCCUGUGAUGCAGCCCAGUAUGGGGAGUCAGCCUGGCAUCCUGAAUGCUCAGAUGAUGGCUCAGCGCAGCAGAGAGAUGAUGACACUACAGAUGAGGAGACAGAGGAUGAUGAUGCUAAUGCAGCAGCAGCAACAGGCUGCAACAGGAGGCUUCAGCCCCCCACCUAACAUCACAGCCUCUGUAGGCAUGGACAACCCAAUGGCAGGACCCCCCAUGAACCAGCCAGGACAGCAGCAGUUCAACUACGGCGGAAACUAUGGAAUGAGCCAGCAGGGGGAACCCUCGUUUGUAGGCGCAGGCAGCAGCCCGCCCAGCAACAUGAUGCCAGGUCGCGUGGGAGGGCCUCAGAAUCCCAUGAUGCAAUACCACCCCCAGGGUGGCCCCAUGUACCAGUCAGCAGACAUGAAAGGCUGGCCACAGGGUGGACAGGGUGGAAUUCCACGGAACAACUCGUACCCCCAGCAGCAGUUCACCCAGCAGGGGAACCCAGGCCAGUUUGGGGGGCCCAUGAUGAUGAAUGGCUCCAUGGGCGGGCCAGGCCCGGUCAGUGGUGCUGGUGGAGCACAGAUGGGCCAGAUGCAGGGGCAAAUGGGCAUGAACUCCAUGGGAAUGGGCCGAAUGCCAAUGGGACCUGAACAGGAGCCCUCACCAGGAGGACAGCAAAGACUGCAGUGCCCCACCUAUGUGGCUGCAGUGUGGGUGGGAGAAGGGAUGUCUGGGGGUCACCGGACACAGCCCCAAGAUCUUCUCCCUCCGCUGUUCUCUGGCUUGCGUGUGGAGGACACUCAUAAGCCACAGUGAAAACAAACCGACUACACAGUGAGAGACUCUGGAAUAAAGACACACCUCAUAUCGAAUGCAGCCUCCCGUUGUAGGCUUGCCUCUCUCUGGAUGGAGUGUGUGGGACUUAGUUCAAGAAGAGGCCCUGCUUUUUCUUCUUUUGACCUGUGGGAGUGUGAUCGACGUCCUGUCUGCUACACCAGAGGAGGCCGCAUCGUGUGUGCAGGGAAACAGAAUCUAUUUGAAACAGGAUGGGAUACGGUACAACUAGCUAUGGCUGCACUUUAUCAGAGGGCUUCUAUGUAAAAGGAUUGUUGCAAUAUUUCUUAGUCAUUACAGCCUUACUAGAGAUUCAAUGCAUUCACAGCAUUGAUUUUAUUUUCCUUUUAUCCUUUGGAUAUGCGCCUCUAUUUUGUAUUUAAUUUUUUUUAAAUAAAUUUGGGGAGCUGUAAGCACAGGUUAUUUCUAUAUUAUGCAGAUUCAAGCAAUACAACUUUCCUCUAUGCUUUAGAUGGAAACUGAGCGUCAUAAACUCAUAAAUAAAUGGUACUGCAGUAUUAAUGUCAUUUCUUCUAUGUGAAUAUGAAUUGUAAAUAUGCUACGAAAGUAUCUUACAUGCUUUUUAUAGAUCACUUUUUUUGCACAGAGUAUGUGACUUGGUCAAAUGUGUGUAUUUUGUGUAUAUUUGUCUUCAAGGUCAAUACCGUUUUAGUUUGCAGUUUAUUUGAACGUUUUGGACUGAUGAGUGAGCGUGUGUGGGUUUCCCACUUUCCACUUUGUCAUUUUCCUCUAAACAUGUUUCUUCUAAGUGAUAACAGCCAUGGGUUUCUUUUUAGAAGCACUUUUAUUUUGAUGUGGUGUGUUGACAGUUUGGAGCUUUUGAAAUGAUGAAACUGUUUGAGGGAACAAACACCGGAUUGCAGUGAAUGAAGAAAGGACCGUCUCUUAAAUGAGCAGAGAUGUCUAGCAAGCUGCUGUGUUGGAGUGUGUGUAUGAAUGUUAUAGAAAAAGAUGGGGUGGCGUUAUUGACAAGGGACUGUUCGUAAAGUAGUUCUUCCUUUCUUUCCUUGCUCUCGCUAGUGUUUUUUAUUUCCUCAUUUCCUUUGACUCUUACUCUUGACUCCCAAGAAAUCUACCUUAAACCUUGCGCAAUCCAAAUAUAUUUUUCCAGUUCUUUGUAUAGUUUUUGACAGUGUACAUUUUCAUCUAUGUGUUGUAUAUGCAGACAGUAACUGGGUACAUAUCGUCAUAUCAUGAAUUUAUAAAAUGCAUAUUAUGAUUUUGUACUGAUAGCAUAGGGCAAUGAGUACUGUUGUUCAGAAGCCAGUGGGUAGCUAGCUCUUUGCAGUGAAAUGCAACAGAAUGAAAGGCAUAUGUUUUUUCCGAAAGUAACACUCUGUUUUGUCCUGUUUUUAAUUACUUCAUGAAAUUACCUAUGUAGAAAUUCAUUGAAGUCAAAAACAAAGUGUCACGGUUUCGGCCGAGGCUGCUCCUCCUCCUGGUUCGGGCAGGCAUCGGCGGUCGUCGUCCCCGGAGU